AUGAAUGAAAUUGGUUAUGAUCAUCAACCUAAUCUUGAUUUGGAGUUCACUUUCACUCUUCAUUUCACUCUUCAUUUCAAUCUUCAUUUCAUUCAUGUAAUAUUAGAUCGAUCAAUCACAAUCAUGUAUUAUAGUAGUAAAUUUAUUCGAUCAUUAGCAUCAUCGUCGACAUUGAUGUUGAAACAAUCACACCCAUGUACUUUUAAUCAAAGAUCAAAAUCAUAUCAAGUAUCUUCGCAAUCACAGUCACAAUCCUCCUCCUCCUCCUCCUCUUCUUCUUCUUAUUUGAAUGGUAAUGAUGAACAACCUACGACGACAAUCAAGAGCUCUUUCAAAGGAAAUACGGAUAGACAAUUCCUAUCCAACAAAUUCAAAGAUAUUGAAGAGUCGUUUGACUACAAGUUGCCAAGUUAUCAACCAGUUAUCAUUCGAUUAGACGGGAAAUCAUUUAAAAAAUUGUGUAAAGACCUUGAAUUGGAACAUAAUGAUAUCAGAUUCCACGAUGCAAUCAAAGAGGCUGUUCAAGAACUAUGCUCCAAACAUCUAAAUGGCAGUAAGUUUGCCUAUUCCUUUUCCGAUGAGAUCAAUAUCCUUUUCUAUCACAACGAUGUGACAAAGCCACCAUUCCUAUCGAAUCGAUUACAAAAAAUAGUAUCAAUCUCUGCAUCUAUAGCUUCUGUAAAAUUCAGUCAAUCAUUAUCAAAAUCAUUGUCAAGACCCGUAGAUUCAUAUUUUGAUUGUAGGGCAUUCACAAUCUCAAAGGAACAAGUGCCAGAAUAUUUUAUAUCAAGACAACAAAGAUGUUAUUCCAACUUUUUAUCUAAUUUCAUUUCAAAGAUUCAUAAUAAUGGUAAUGGUAAUGGAAAUGGAAAUGGCAAUGGCAUUGAAAAUAAUAAUAAUAAUAAUAAUAAUAAUAAUAAUAAUAAUAAUAAUAAUAAUAAUAAUAAUAAUAAUAAUAAUAAUAACCAAUCAUCAAAGAAUGAUUUAUUAUUAUCAAAUAUGAAUUCAUUUGCCAAAGGUAUUAAACACAAGGAAACAUUUAUAGAAAAGGAAUUGGGAAUUAAAAUCAAUGAUGAAUUCUAUGAAAUCUUUAAAAAGGGUUUCAUAUUUAAACGACAUCAAGAUGGUAAUUGGAAACUUCACAAAAAUGGUGAUAUGCCAUGGUUUAGAAAUAAUCCUCACAUAUUAAAUAUUGAUGAAUAA